UUUUAGUGUCGAACGUGAAUUCGUGACGAGCGUUGGGCAGAGAUAACGAGUUUACGCCAGUUAAUUUGCAACACACACACACACACAAAACACUAAAAGACACACACAUAAACACCAACAAUAAAAAAAAAGAGUGCACAGAGUGAAGUUAAGGCAAUAAAGCAACAAAAAGUGCGAAACAAACAAUAGAAAAAAAAACCAAAGGAAAUAAGCAUCGAGUGCUGGGAAGUGCGUAAAUUGUGAAACGAGUUGUAUCCAUUGAGAAAACGCAAUGCGUCUCGACACUAACUCAAAUGUGGACUUCAAAGCGUUCGACUCCAGUUCCAGUUCCAGCACCAGCCCGUGUCUCGUCAAAUUGGACAACCUGGCCACCUGGGGUGGCUCACAGAAGACGGAUACACGGCUGCCCCUAACGGACUAUUCAACGCUCGGCGGACCGCGGCACAAUUGCAGUCCCUUUCCCCUAUCCAAAGAUGUCAACAAUCGCCUGGUGAUUUGGGAUGGCGACAUGACCACACUGCAGGUGGAUGCCAUCACGAACAGCAGCGACGAAACCCUGACUGAAAGCAAUAGCAUAUCGGAGCGCAUUAUCGCCGUUGCCGGCAAUCAGCUCAAAGAGGAACUGAGCACAACUGUAAAGGAGUGCCGCAUUGGUGAUGUACGCGUAACGCGUGGAUACAAUCUGCCAGCCAAGUAUGUUCUGCACACUGUUGCACCCGCCUACAAGGAGAAGCUCAAGACGGCCGCCGAGAAUGCGCUGCACUGUUGCUACAGAAAUGUUCUCUGCAAAGCCAAGGAGCUGAAUCUGCGCACCAUCGCCGUGUGCAAUGUGAGUGGCAAUCAGAAGACCUUUCCAGCCGAUGUGGCCGCGCACAUUGCCCUGCGCACCAUACGCCGCUUUCUGGACAAGUUUACACAGCAGGUUGUGAUACUGUGCGUCAAUAGCAGUGAGCGUGGCACCUAUGAGGUGCUGGCGCCGCUCUACUUUCCACGCGAUCAGCUGGAGGAGCGCAGCGCGCUCUGGCAGCUGCCCAAGGAUACGGGCGGCGAGCUGGGCGAGCCACAGCAUCCGGAUCCGGAUCGACAGAUACGCAUCAUACGCAAUCCGCAGCACAGUCACAGUGUGCACAUGCGUCAUCGACAUGCUGACGACGAUUCUGACGUUAGUCCACACGAUAUGGAGGGCAACAGCUCGGAUCUGGAGUAUGGCGCCCGGGACAUGAAUGGCCUCAGCCUCAAUUCCUACAGCAGCGGGCUGCAGGCACAGCUACAGCGCGAUCUGGACAGGCAGCAUUUGCUGAGCGAUCGACCCAGAGCUGGCGUCUAUGAGAGUGUCGUUGCCGAGGGCAUUGAAGGCAUGGAGCAUCAAGAGAGAUAUGAACGCCUGCUGCAGCGCGCACAAGUUGAGGAUCUGAACGAGGUGUCUGGCAUCGGUUGUCUAUAUCAGAGCGGUGUGGAUCGUCUGGGACGACCCGUGAUUGUGUUCUGCGGCAAAUGGUUUCCAGCACACAAUCUUGACCUGGAGAAGGCCCUGUUGUAUCUGAUAAAGCUGCUCGAUCCGAUUGUCAAGGGCGACUAUGUCAUUGCCUACUUCCAUACACUCACAUCCACCAACAACUAUCCAUCGCUGCACUGGCUGCGUGAGGUCUACAGUGUCUUGCCAUAUAAAUACAAGAAGAAUCUGAAGGCCUUCUAUAUUGUGCAUCCGACAUUCUGGACUAAAAUGAUGACCUGGUGGUUCACCACAUUCAUGGCGCCCGCAAUUAAGGCCAAGGUGCACUCGCUGCCCGGCGUCGAGCACCUGUAUUCGGCCAUAACAAAGGAUCAGCUGGAAAUACCCGCCUAUAUAACCGAAUACGAUAUGGCGACCAACGGCCUGCAUUAUUUUAAUCCCGUGCCGACUGCCUCGUAGAUGGCGGCCAUUGUGGCUGUCUAGACAGCUCUAACCACCAGAAAUAUAUAGUUAUACAGGACAUAUAUACACUAAUACA